AUGUCUGACCCGGUAGUUGCCGAUCAACCCGACCUGUCGAGCCUUACUGGCUCUCCUGGACAGAAGCGUAAGAGGGAAGAGGAGAGCCCCGACGCGCAACGGGCGAAGCGAGCUGCACCCCCGGCAUCCAUGUCAGCGGACACGGCUGCUUUUAUCGAGAAUGCCAUCGAGGCCACCCACGCCGCGAGCACAAGCGGCGUCAACGUCGCCGACUUCAACGCCCUCCAGCAGGCCGCCGCGGCGGACCAUACGGAGACGUCAGAUCCGUCCAACGCGACAAGCACGGCUCAGGCUGCUCUCGGCAUGUACCCCACCUUGCACGUACCACCGUCAACAGAGGAGCAGUUUGCCGCGCAGGCUGGUCCCGAGGGGGACCAUGGCCAUGACAGCUCGUUCAACCCGGACGUUUCCCCGCCGGACGGCCUCCUGGACAACUCCAACGUGGCACCGAACCAGCAGCCACCUCCCCCUUCGAACGGCGUCCAACCCCAAGGACAUAGGUACUCCACGUCGUCUGCAUCGGGGAACCCCAAGCCCAGCGUUGGCUCAGAGGAGUGGCAUAAGAUGCGGAAAGACAAUCACAAGGAAGUGGAGCGUCGACGCCGCGAGACGAUCAACGAAGGCAUCAACGAACUGGCCAAGAUUGUGCCGGGGUGCGAGAAGAACAAGGGGUCGAUCUUGCAGAGAGCCGUGAGCUUCAUCCAGCAGCUCAAGGAGAACGAGCAACAGAACAUUGAGAAAUGGACCCUGGAGAAGCUCCUGACGGAGCAGGCCAUCACGGAGCUCAGCGCGUCAAACGACAAACUCAAGCAGGAGUGCGAAAGGCUGUACCGGGAGCUUGAGACGUGGAAGAGAGUUGCGCAGAACGCGGGCCUCGAGCCGCCGCAACCAAAGGAAGAACCAGCCGCGGGCGCAGCGUCAGGCUAG